AGCCUCUUGAUUCUCCUUAUACCCAAUUACCGUGACACGAUAUUCCUGUCUUUUCAACUCUUUUUGAUCACUCACUCUUUUUCGUUCACAAUGCACUCACUCGCUGCUGUUCUACUCAUCGGCGGGAGUCUACUAUCAGCCAAAGCCACGCCCAUCGCGAUAGUUCAGGGUUUGUCAGAAGACACAGCUAACAUUACAGCCCGAGACCUCAGAGGUUCUCUCCCAGUCAGCGCCUCGACGCUCGAGCACAGGUUCCAGCCCGUGACCGACUUUGAUACAGACGGUUGCUACUACACGUCGGCCAUCGACCCAGAUGGCAGUCUCAACCAGGGCCUUUCCGCCGGGAAAGGAAACCGCUAAUCUCAGUAUCUCCCGCUCGAUGAUAGCAUUCGACCGCUUCAUCGUUGCAGCCAAACGUCUAGGUGCGCAGCGCCUGGGGGCGUACUUGUCGCGCUGUGCCGCGUACAGGACCGUCUACGCCCUGGCGGCGACGAACUCGAAGAACCCGCGCCAUGAGGCCGUGUCUAGCAUCGAGGGUGCGCACGAGGUGCGUCAGGGUCAAGUCUGUUGGCACAGGAGGCCGGGAAGAGCGGAGGAAGACGAGGUGGAGAAGGGGGCCGACGAGAUUUGAGCGAGGCGAUGUAGGAGACGAGUACGCGGUGUGCGUGGGGAUCGAGCGGUGCGCAAAGGGCGGGUUAGUGGUUAAGUGGGCGAUGCGGGCGAGUUGGACGGCGGAGGUGUACGCUGUUGGGCGAGGGCUGGUGAUGCUAGCUAUGGC